UUUUCCCAACUCCAUCCGCAGAUCUACCCAUUACCAAAAACCCUAGCCUCUCAAAAAAGCUUUGAUGACUGAAACAAGAAGAUGACUCAAAGUGAAGAAGCUUAUUUAUUGAUCUCCAGCAAUGAUUAUUAGAUGGCAUGGUAGUGAAAUACCCAAUUAUGACCCUGCAUAUGAAGCUUUUUUUUUUCAGUGUAAAAGUAACACAUGGUGGUACGAUGAAGCAUCAACCUAGCAGAUAUUACCUUGGGGGACGUGUAGAUUUUAUUGAUUAUGUUAACUAUACGGAGUUGAAUCUGUCGCAAUUCAAAUCCAUGACAGAACUAUGUGGUUAUGAGAGAGAUUCUGUUACUUUUUGGCACAAGUGCGGGAGGUACGGGAAUGGAAUGCACUUGUUUCUACUGAUGUAGAAGCUACUCCUAUAUCCAAAAAUAUUCCAGAUCAUAAGAUGGUUGAAGUGUACUUUGAACAUCUUGAUUCAUAUAUUGGAAAAACUAUACAUACUAAUGAAGUUAGUGGAGCAGAACAAGAGAAAGAAGUAAAUAGCGAGCAUUCUUUGACUGAUGAUGAAUUUGAAGACUCAGAAAAUGAUUUUUCAGAGUAUAAUGAAAAUGUGAAUCAUAGACAUGAAGUUAGUGAAGAAGUUAAGAAAAAAAUGGCUGCUGAAGAAGGUGAUAUAGAUUGUGUUGACUCGGAUGAUACAAAGAGUUUAGAUUGUGACUCUGACAGUGAGAGUUUCAACUUUCCGAUGUUCAAUCCUAAAACAGACGGGGAUAAACCAGUGUUGGCAUUAGAAUUGACAUUUGAAAAUAAGCAUGAGUUCAAAUAUUCUGUAAUAACUCAUGAAGUUAAUGAAGGAAAGUACAUUAAGUGGUGUAAGAAUGAUAACUCAAGAGUUAAAGCAAAUUGUGGUCAUCUAGAUUGCAAAUGGGAGAUUCUAGCAUCAAGAAUGCAUCGAGAUAGAACAUUUCAGAUCAGAACAUACAAUCCCACUCAUGAUUGUAAGAUUUGGAAUCACCGUAACAAAGCAAUCACAUCUUCUUAUAUUGCACAAAGAUAUCUUAAGGCCAUAAGCUCAAAUGGGUCUUGGGCAAUCGGUGCAUUCAGAGAUCACGUUAGUGUGGAACUAAGAGUUCAAGUGACAUUAUCACAAUGCAGAAGGGCAAAGAAAAAAGCACUUGCACUGAUUGAUGGAGAUAUUAAUGCUCAAUACAAGGUAUUGUGGAACUAUUGCAAUGAAAUUAGGAGGACAAAUCCAAAUACAUCAGUCUAUAUGAAGUUUGUUGAAAAUGAGGUGCCCGACAAGCCUAAGAGAUUCCAAAGAAUCUAUAUUUGUUUUAGUAGUUGUAAAGAGGGGUUCAAGAGCGGUUGUAGAAGAAUAAUUGGGGUGGAUGGUUGUUGGCUUAAGGGUCCAAUAUAUGGGACUCAAUUGUUAACUGCUGUUGGGCUUGAUCCGAAUAACAAUAUCUUUCCGAUAGCAUAUGCAAUUGUAGAGAAGGAAAGAAAGGAAUCGUGGGAAUGGUUUUUGAAUUAUUUGAAGCUUGACUUAGACAUUGAUAACUAUGGUACUUGGACCUUCAUGUCAGACAAGCAAAAGGGUUUGAUUAAAGCGUUCAAUGAGGUAUUGCCAUAUGUUAGUCAUUUAUUUUGUGUGAGACACCUCCAUAAUAACUUCAAGAGGACCGGAUUCAGUAGUAUUUCACUCAGGAAUGCCCUUUGGAAGGCUGCAAAGGCUACAACAGUAAAGUGGUUUGAGGAUUGCAUGGUUGACAUCUUUGAUAUAGAUUCAGAAGCUGUUCAUUGGCUCAAGAAGAAGUCGCCUACUGAAUGGUCUAAAUCUCACUUUUUUGAAACUGUGAAAUACGAUACCUUACUCAAUAAUAUGUGUGAAUGUUUUAAUAGUAUGAUCAUUGAGGCUAGAGAUAAGCUGAUUAUCACUCUAUUGGAGAAGUUAAGGUAUCACCUUAUGACAAGGAUGCAAGCAAAUAGGGAUAAAGGUACCAAGUGGAAUGAUGGUGAUAUUUGCCCUAGGAUUAAGAAUGUAUUGCACAAAAAUCAAGCUAAAGCAGCUGAAUUUAUUACCAGGAAGUCAAAUGAAUGGAAUUAUGAGAUAAUAGGAGCAAGCAUAAUGAACAACUGGGAUGUGGAUUUGCUAAAUAGAAAAUGUAGCUGUAGGAAAUGGGAUCUAACAGGAAUUUCUUGCAAGCAUGCCAUUGCCGCGAUUUGGGCUAAACAUGAUGACAUUAAUUCAUAUGUGGAUGAUUGUUAUAAGGUAGAAACUUAUAGAAUGAUCUAUGCCUUUUCUAUUCUACCUAUGAAUGGUCAAGAGAUGUGGCCUAAGUCGAAUAACGUUCCUCUUUUGCCUCCACGAUUGGAAAGAUAAAGUACCAAAGGAAGAAAACAAAAGCUUCGCAAAAAAGAGUCUGAUGAAGUUGGAGCAAGUAGACAAAAAAUGAAAAGGAAGCAAACAAAAUUGGAUUGUAGCUUAUGCCAUAAUCCAUGUCAUAACAAAAGAACCUGCAAGUUAAAUCGUGUGUAUCUAGAUUCUCAUGAUGAUGAGACGGUGCGACAAGAAUCCUCAUUUCCUACUGCAUCUUCUGCUCAUGUAAAGCUUCAGGUAAGAAGAAGGUCUGGCAGCCAGGACUAUAUGAAAGCAACUCAAGAAAGUAGAGUGACUGGAGAUAUAUUUUUUGAUAUGUAAGUUUCUGCUUAAAAGGAUUGGUUGUUGCCGUUGGAGGUUAUUUUUUGCUGCUGAAGAUUGGUGAAAAAGAGUUGGGAUUGCUGUUGAAGACUAUAUGGAUAGGUUGAUACGCCUAGCAGAUGGUUGGGAUAGCUUGAUGCGCAUGAAAGAGUUAUUUUUUGUCGCUAAAAGACUGGCGUAAAAGAGUUGAUUUUAGUAAACUCUUCAUUUUGGUUUAACUGAUGUAAA